AUGACUUUGGCAAAUGUUGUAGCCACUUCUUUGGCUCAAAAGCAUCGUUUACAUGAAGAUGUGGGAAGCCUGGUCUAUGCAUCCUUUUACAGAAUGAUAGUAGAGAGUCUUGAGUUGCUGGACAAGACACAGAUGACUUUGGCAAAGGUUGUAGCCACUCCUUUGGCUAAAAAACAUGUUAAUCCAGUUAUGCAUGCUAGAGCCAAAUAUGUUGAAAUGGACUACCACUUUGUUCGUAAGAAGGUGGCCAGAGGACAACUCCUUACUCAGUUUGUAAGGUCUAAGGAUCAACUAUCUGAUAUUCAUAUAAAAGCAUUAAGCAAGCAGGUUUUUGCUGAGUUUUGUAGUAAGCUAGGAGUUACAGUCCCUCCACUCACUAGCUUGAGGGGAAAUGUUGAAGGAAGUUGA